GAAAACGAGUCAAGAAGCACCGACCCUUCCCAUUUACAACCAUCUUCUCGUUUAUUUUAAAAUCUCCAUUUUCGUUAUUUUAUAUUUUUUUUAUUCUCACAGAGAGGAGGAGGAGCUAGAUAACAAGCCACCCUCCCCUCCCUUUUCCGUUUAUCCUCCUCAGAAAACACUGUUCCUAAAUUCCCAAUUUACGCGAAAACAAUAUCGGACAAAUUGCGUAACGUCGAAAAAGGAUUUUUGUUGUUUUGAUAAAAAUUCAAAUACGAUUUUCUCUUUUCGGACCUGAACCUCUCUCUAUUUCUGGAUUUUCAGAGAAGCUGCCUCAUAGCCUUAUUUGAGAAGUCUCUGCAAUUGGAGUUGAAAGUUUGGUUGGAGAAGUUUGGAGUGGGAAAUGGUGGGAACUGCGAGUGAGGAGUCUGUAACAGGAAGCUCCGUGGACGGAAUUUCAAGUGGCCAGGGCUGCCAAUCAGGAGAAGCAUUGGCAGAGUGGCGGUAUUCUGAACAAGUUGAAAAUGGAACCCCAUCAACAUCACCCCGUUACUGGGACAUUGAUGAAGAUGAUGCUGGGCCAAAACCUUCUGAGUUAUUUGGAAGACAUACAUGGAAGAUAGAGAAAUUUUCGCAGAUCACCAAAAGAGAACUUCAUAGUGAUGUAUUUGAUGCUGGCGGCUACAAAUGGUAUAUUUUAAUUUAUCCCCAAGGCUGUGAUGUUAGCAACCAUCUCUCUUUAUUUCUCUGUGUUGCCAACCAUGAAAAACUUCUCCCAGGUUGGAGUCAUUUUGCACAGUUCACGAUAGCUGUGGUGAAUAAAGAUCCUAAGAAGUCAAAAUAUUCUGAUACACUGCAUCGAUUUUGGAAGAAAGAGCAUGACUGGGGUUGGAAGAAGUUCAUGGAGCUAUCAAAAGUGCGAGAUGGGUUUAUUGAUGCUGACUCUAUUAUUAUAAAGGCUCAAGUGCAAGUGAUCAGGGAAAAAGCUGAUAGGCCUUUUCGUUGCCUUGAUUGUCAGUAUCGGAGAGAACUCGUUAGGGUAUAUUUGACAAAUGUUGAGCAGAGUUGUCGGCGUUUUGUGGAGGAGAAACGAGGCAAGCUGGCUCGGUUAAUAGAAGAUAAAGCUAGAUGGUCAAGCUUCCGCGCUUUUUGGUUGGCAAUGGAUCAAAAUACUAAACGACGCAUGUCUAUGGAGAAAAGAGAUGCAAUACUUAAAGUAGUUGUAAAGAAUUUCUUUAUUGAGAAGGAAGUCACUUCAACUUUGGUGAUGGAUUCCUUAUAUAGUGGAUUGAAGGCUCUUGAGGAUCAGGCUAAAGGGGAGAAAGAGAAGGCAAAGUUGUUAGAUGUCGAGGAAAUGCCAGCUCCUAUUGUUCAUGUGGACAAAGAUAUGUUUGUGUUGGGGGAUGAUGUUCUUCUACUACUUGAGAGGGCUGCACUGGAACCAUUGCCUCCCAAAGACGAGAAAGGCCCUCAGAAUCGCACAAAGGAUGGAAAUUCUGGGGAGGACUUUAACAAGGACUUCAUCGAGCGUGAUGAAAGUAGGCUUACAGAAUUGGGUCGUAGAACUGUGGAAAUAUUUGCUCUCACCCAUAUAUUCAGCAAUAAAAUUGAAGUUGCAUACCAGGAAGCUGUUGCUUUGAAGAGGCAAGAAGAGCUCAUCCGUGAAGAGGAGGCUGCAUGGCUAGCUGAGAAUGAGCAGAAGGCCAAACGUGGAGCGCUAGAAAAGGAGAAGAAAUUAAAGAAGAAACAGUCUAAACAAAAGCAGAACAAUCGCAAAGGGAAGGACAGAGGGAGGGAGAGUAGUGUUUUGACCCAAGAGAAGCCACUAGAUGAACAACCUAGUGAAACAAGAGACUCCAUUGUGGAUGAUGAUCCGCCUGUUGUUGAAAAGCCAGAUGUGAUGGAAGAUAUUUCCGAUGUGUCAGAUUCAGUGGAUGGUGUUGCUGAGGUAGUUCCACUUGAUUCAGAAGAAAGGGAUGCCAGUCUCAUCAAUUGGGAUACUGACACGUCAGAAGUUCAUCAUUCAACAGAUGCUGGUAACAGUGAAGUUAGUGGGCUAUCAUCUGUACCAAAUGGGACUGAUAAAAGGAACCUGUCUGUGAUGGAUGAUAGCUCCUCAACAUGUUCUACAGACUCAGUCCCAUCAGUGAUAAUGACUGGAUCCUACAAGGGGAGUUCUUUUUCAAACUAUCAAAAUAAAAAGUCACCUUGCAGAGAAAAGAGUCGACGAGGUAAGGUCAGAGAAGGUUUGGCAAAUGAAAUGGAUAAUCAGACAUCUAUGUCUGUAGUAGAUGCAAUGGAUAUUCAUGAUGCCUCUGGAAGUAGCAAAGCUGGUGAAUCAGAAUCAGAAACUCCUAACUGCAUGCAGGGGCAGACGAAUUGCCUUGAGCAGAAUGAAUUUAAGAAAGAAGAAGUUGUACCACCACAGAAGAAACUGGAAUCGAAACAUCUCGAUGUGGACAGAUCUAAUAAAGAAAAGGCAAUAACUUCACUGUCAUCUCCCAAAAGCCCUCCCAAAAAUCUGCCAUCCGGUCUUCCGUUGAAGUCGGGGCAAAAUAUUCUGUUGAAGUCAGAGCAGAAGAGUGCCGCUCCAGUGGAUCCUACAGUUAAGAAAGUUUCAUUAAAUAGCUCACCACAGAGUGGAAAAGUCACAUCUUUAACUGCUUCGUCCCAGAACUCAGGCACGUCGAAACUUGAGGCCCAGAACAUAAUAGCUGCAAAACCAACAGAAAAACUCAUGCCACAGCAAGGGCUUUCAGUGUCAAGGCCUUCUAGUGCUCCUCUAGUCCCUGCUCCCCGUGCAACUGCCCCUGUUGUAUCCAUGGUUCAGACAGACCCGUUACUUGCCCGUUUGGUUAGUGCAGCUGGCCGGUUGGGUCCUGAUCCGUCACCAGCUACUCAUAGUUAUGGUCCACAGUCCUAUCGAAAUGCCAUAAUGAGUCAUCCCGUUGGUUCAGGUUCUGCUGCUUUCAACCAUCCCAGCCCUCCAAGUUCAGGAAUAAGUCCAUCUAUGGCGUACUCACAAUCACGGUCUUUGUUAUCUGCCCCGGUGUUUUUACCACAGAGCUCUGAAAGGGUAGAGCCAAACUCUGUUCAGUCUGGCUUCUCUUAUGGCAUGGGGACUGAGAAUGUUGCACAGAAUGGGCCUCAAUGGCUUGAAGUUUCUCAAAGUGAUGGCAAUAGGAAUCUUCAUCAUGUUCCUUCUACUCUGCUUAAUGGCAUUCAAAACCUCGACUUGUACAAGCCUGUGAACUGUGGAUCACGGGAGCAUUUCUACACUGAAUUUCCAGCUUAUACUUCUGGACGACCCACCCAAGGCGUGGUAACAGAUGAGUUUCCACAUCUUGAUAUCAUCAAUGAUUUGCUUGAUGACGAAAAUGGGAUGAAAGUAGACAAGGCAAACCCAGUUUUCCAGUCUCUUUGCAAUGGGUCACUCUUAAAGCGACAAUUCACAUUUCCUUGUGAAGUGGGUGAAUCAGGUGACUUGGGGACCUCAACCAGUUCUGGCAGGAUUGAGCGAACACAGAGUUACCAAGAUGAUGGAUUCCGGCGGCGAUAUAGCCCACCUAGCAGUCAUUUUGACUCAAUGGGGAGUUUUUUUCCCCGCUCUAGAAGUUCAUUACCUUAUGCUAAUGGGCAUAUUGAUGGGCUGAUGCCAAACCAUUGGCAGAUGACUAGUUCCGACAUUUCUUUACCAGGCGGCAUGAGCAAUCCGGAUGGUGAUGUUUACCCUUAUAGUCCAAAUUAUUCAAAUUUAGCAUGUGGUGUCGAUGGCUAUACCGUAUUUCGGCCUUCAAAUGGACAUUGAAGAAACCAUGUUGGAAAUUUGAAAUUUGCCUGCUAACCUGUGGGGGUGGUGGUUCAUUGUAAUAAUGUGUGAAGAAGGGAUGGCUUUGGGUCUCAGAUUGUAUUGAGGCUGCAAUUUUUACUAUCAAAAAGAACGUUUUGUAAAGAGUAUUUUUUUUUCCCUGCUUUGCCUCCGGUCUUUGCUAUAAUGAGGCUCUAAUAUACAUUGGGUUUUUGGGUUCAUA